UGCAUUCUUGGCCCAGAGGAAUUGAAUCCUGUUCUGAAGCUUUUUGAGAGAUCAAAGUUCAGCAUCAUUAGUGAGUCUUAGCUGCUGACUGGGUACCACAGCAAAGGCUUUAGAGAAUUAUUUUUUCAGUGCAAACAAUGACUUUCAUGGACUGUAAUCUCAGUAUAACAUGCUUUCUCUGUAACCUGAAAGAAUACCCAGCACUCAUCAGCAAAUCUGUGGAGACCUUAUAGAAACCCUCUUAACUGAACCACUGCGACUCUGGGUUAGCCAGGGAGAACCUUACCAAUAGUAACUAUCCACUUGCCUUCUGGAAGAUUCAAGCACUGCCACACCGAGCUGCUGCGGAAAUACCAUGUCUAAGAACUCAGAGUUCAUCAAUCUGUCAUUUUUAUUAGACCAUGAGAAGGAAAUGAUACUGGGAGUCCUAAAGAGAGAUGAAUAUUUGAAAAAAGUGGAAGACAAGAGAAUAAGGAAGCUGAAAAAUGAACUUUUAGAGGCAAAACGUAGAAGUGGGAAGACUCAACAAGAGACCAGUAGAGUCUGUGUUCACUGUCAGAAAAACCUUGGCUUCAUCUUUGACAGGGGAGAUCCAUGCCAAGUCUGCUCCCUCAGGGUGUGCACUGGAUGUCGAGUCGUGGGUCCUGAUGGCAGCUGGAAGUGCACUGUCUGUGCUAAAGUCGCGCAGCUAAGGUUUAUAAGCGGCGAAUGGUUUUAUGAAGAAAAGGCAAAGCGUUUCAAGCAAGUCAAUGUUCUGGGCACUGAUGUUGUCCGACAGUCCAUCCUAAGAAGAAGCCCAGGAUCUGAAGAAAUACAAAGCCAAGAGCAAGCCCACCAAGAUGUAGACAAGUCAGAUACUUCAUCUUCAAUCAGACAGAAGGCCACUCAUGAUGGAUCCAAGAGGAAGGGAUUUCUUCUGAGCAAGUUCAGAUCAGCAACCAGAGGAGAAAUCAGAACUCCAAAACCUGAAAGUGGGAGGAGCUAUAGCUUGGACUUAGACAGUCAGACUCUUCAAAGUUUCAAGUCAGCCUCUGGAUCAGACAGGAGAAGUACUGCUUCGCCAGAUCUCAUUGACCAGGAGGCAGGACAAGGAACACCGACAAACAGCUACAGCAAUGGUGGAAUCCCAGCCACCCAGAGGUCACCAGCCCCAAGUGCUCGUAGUGUGACCUCCAUCUGCAGUAGAGACCACGGUGUUGAAAAGUCCAUGGCUGUGGGUGCCAGGGAAAGCCCCUGUGAGGAGCUGAGAAAGAGUCACCGCAGAAACACAUCUGGGCCGCCUUCCAUCGCGGUGUCGGGUGCCUCCCUUUCCUCGGACCGGAGUCAUUCUGAGUUAGAUUUGAGUGAGUCAUUUACAGAAGACUUAGAGGAUUCUUCAAGCAUAAGAAGCAGAUCUGUCCCUGGGGCUUUAGACAAAGACUUGAACUCCUUAGAAGAUGCUGAAGAUGAUGCCAAUGACUUCGUGUCCUCUGGGUUUUCUGCAAAUCCCCACAGUCUGGCAACAGGCCUUUCAAUGAACUCCCAAGCAGGAUCUGAUAGGAAGAGGAGCUACCUAAAUGUGCCUGAUGCUGAUUCAGACACCACCAGCCUUAACAGCAUGAUGAGUGUUUACAGUGAGACGGGAGACUACGGCAACGUGAAGGUAACUGGGGAAAUUCUCCUCCACAUCAGUUACUGCUACAAAACUGGCGGCCUCUACAUUUUUGUCAAGAAUUGCAGAAACCUGGCCAUAGGCGAUGAAAAGAGACAGAGGACAGAUGCUUAUGUCAAGUCAUACCUUCUUCCAGACAAGUCCCGAAACAAUAAGCGCAAGACCAAAAUCAGAACAGGCACCAAUCCAGAAUUUAACGAAACAUUGAAGUAUACCAUCAGCCACACCCAGCUGGAAACAAGAACUCUGCAGCUCUCAGUCUGGCACUAUGAUCGCUUUGGACGCAACAGUUUUCUUGGAGAGGUGGAGAUAGCUUUUGAUUCAUGGAACUUUGAAAACCCAUGUGAUGAGUGGUUUGUGCUUCAGCCCAAGGUGGAAUUGGCUCCUGAUAUUGGCCUUCAAUACAAAGGAGAGCUAACAGUUGUCUUACGAUACAUUCCUCCAGAGGAGAGCCCUAUAUUCCAAGUAGAACAACCUCAAGGAAAGAAGACCUUUAAAAAGGGAAAGAAGAAAGAGUCACCUGUCAUCUCUGGGGGAAUACUUGAAGUGUUCAUCAAAGAAGCAAAGAAUCUGACAGCAGUCAAAUCAGGAGGCACUUCUGACAGCUUCGUGAAGGGCUACCUGCUUCCUGAUGAUAACAAAGCCACCAAGCACAAAACGGCAGUUGUCAAAAAGAGUGUUAAUCCUCAAUGGAAUCAUACAUUCAUAUUCAGUGGCCUGUAUCCUCAGGAUAUAAAGAAUGUUUGCCUAGAACUCACCAUCUGGGACAAGGAAGCCUUUUCCAGCAACAUCUUUCUAGGAGGUGUUCGUUUAAAUUCUGGCAGCGGUGUCAGUCAUGGGAAGAAUGUGGACUGGAUGGACUCUCGAGGGGAGGAACAACGCCUUUGGCAAAGGAUGAUUGACAGCCCUGGGGCAUCUAUAGAGGGCAUUCUCAUGUUGCGCUCCAGCAUGGCAAAAUGGAAGCUCUGAAGGGACCAGUUCUCCAAGAACUACAUCUCUGGUUGCCUACUGUUUUCUCUAAGCAAAGACUGGGCCCUUGAAUUCUGUUGCCCAGUUAUUUCUCACCUCUUAGGACAUGAGAGGUGAACAUCUCUCAUGAGAGGUGAACAUGGCAGUGUUGUGAACAUCUAGGAUCUUGCUCAUUGUCUGAAAAGCAUAUCCUCUAUAUGUUCUUCUGCUCAGGUUUCCCUAAUUAGACAAUAGGAAGUGGACCCCACCAUCUUGCCAACAAGCAGACUGUGCAAUGGCUCAUACAAUGGCUUUAUACUGACAGCAAUGACAUGAACUUAUUGGAAAAUAUUGCUUGGCUUCUCAACCCUUUUCCGACCAAGUUACUUUAGUUUUCUUCAGUUUGAGAAAAGAAGGGAACACCAAGAAGGUAGAUAGCUUGGGGACUAACAAAGAGAGAGAUCUUUGGCUUCUCUGCAGAUUGCCUGUAAUGUAAGGAAGACAUGCUAGGGAUGGUUUGGGAGAAGAUAGACUCCCUUUGAAAGUGAAGAGAGUUCCAUGAUUACACAUGAUUAUACACACUCACACUAAAAAAAAAAACAGACACAAACUAGAAUGUGUGUAGAGAAAUUGGAAUAUAUGAUCAUCUUGCUAAUAAACUAUCAAUUAGAGAACUCCAUUACCAAAAUUAUUUUAUCAAAUAUUCCAAGCCAUUAAGUAUAAGGAAAUAAGAAGUAAGGGCCAAUUAAUUCUUAUCUUCACAUUUUGUUUACUAGUGAGACUAGUUAAGUGAAAAGGGAGAUACUCCAUUUCCUGUGCUGCUAUAGGAAAGAGCUAGGAACUCCACUUUCUCUGUUUCUCUUUAUCCAAGUAAUUACUGCUUUCUUAAGCUAUUACAAUGACAAGUAACAAACCACCCCAAAAAUCAAUGACUUAAAAUGAAAAUCAAUUUUUUUUUGUGUGUCUAUGAAGGUUGGCUAGCAGAGUUCUGCUUUCUCCUUAUAAGUCCAAGGGUCUAAAUCAGGUACUUAUUUCUCAUCCUCAUUAGACCAAAAGAAUAGCCAAAAGAAUAUGGUGGUGGUAGUGGUGUACUUGGAUAAGUCCCACUGCUCAAACACAUAAGUGUGUUGUACCUCAUUGGUCAAAAGGAAGCCAUAUUGCUAAUACCAAAAUCAAUAGAAAAGGAAAUAUGCCUUGCCCAAUGACAAGAGUGAAGGUUCAGAAAGGAUGGUGAAAGAGAGACAAGUAGUUGAAUGUACUCUAUGUCUUGUCAUUUAUGUGCCUAAACUACCAAAUUUAGAAGCAAAGUCAGGUAAAUCCAGAAGGGAUGCCAAGUCUGGUUCUUUACAUUGUGGGUUACAACCUUGAAGUCCUGAGAACUGAAAUAAUUUAUCUAAGGUCAUGUAAAGGCUGUGACUGAAUCUGGACAGUUCCUAGGCAACUUUGACAUGACUCUGUGCUUAUCAAAGUGGAUAGAUGACAUGUCAAAGAAAGUAGAUCAUAGUUUGAUUAUGUAAGCAUAAAUAUACAUGGUCUAUGCCAGGUGUGGUGGGUUACACUUGUAAUUCCAGCACUUUGAAGGUAGAGGUGGGAGAAUCGGGAAUACAAGGUAUGCCUUGACUACAUAGAGAAUUUUAAGCUAUCCUGGGCUAUAUAGAUAGAUCCUAUCUCAAUGGCACCCCAUGUACCAAAAUAUGCAUGCUCCAGAUGUUAUGGAGUCAGAUUCAAUCCUCCAUAGCUCAUUUCUUCAUUUGAAUACAUUCAAACAUGAAAACCCUUUAAAAUAUAGCAAAUGAAUGUUAGCAGUAGAACUAAAACCAUGUUCAGAUUUAUUGUACAGAGUAGUUGCACAUUUUAGGUAUGUUUUUGAAAUUUAAAGACUAAUUUAAGAAUCUCUUUAAUAUUCUUCAUAGUAAAGAAACACACAAACCAUUUAAGCAUUAAUCAAAAAGAGACCAUCUGCAGAAAACUUCACCUGUCAUAGCUCAGUAAGUACAGUACUUCUUAAGAAUUUACACACAAUUAUUCUGUCAUUCUCAAAAGUAGGAAAAAACCUAUAUGCUUGGUACUAUUUCCUGUAUCAUGAAUAAUAAAACCCAGAGACAGAUAUUGGGGUGCAAAGUGAAGAUCAGAAGGUAAAAAUAAGCCACUAGAAGUCAGACAGAGGCGUCACACACUUUUAAUCUCAGGAUUUGGGAGACAGAGGCAAAUGGAGCUCUGUGAGUUCAAGGCCACCCUGGGCUACAC